AGUCAAUGUGAGUGCACAUGUGCCAGUGAACACAGCUGCCACACUGAGGGGAGGAUAUCCCACGCUACCUCUGCAAGAGAGUGAGAGAAUAAAGACAGAGAAAGAAAGAAAGAAAGAAAGAAAGAAAGAAAGAAAGAAAGAAAGAAAAAGAUUAAACAGAAGCAAACUUUCUCCUGUUGAGAAACAGAAGCAGCAGAGAAGAGAACGUGCUGAAUCAUCACCAUAUAAAUACAGAUCAUCCACCGGAGGAGGAGAACUUGUGAACCGUCAUGGCUCCCAGCUUGGACCAGGCGUACAGGAGGAGGUGGUGGAUGGCCAUCACAGCCAUCAUAGAGAACCUGCUCUUCUCUGCUGUUUUGCUGGGCUGGGGCUCACUGCUCAUCAUGCUGAAGAAUGAAGGAUUCUAUUCACACGUUUGUAUUGAGAACGAGACUGUCAAAACCAACGUGACAUCAGUGGAGAGUGGUGAGUGGCGGAGUUGUGUCGAGCAGGAGGAGAUACUGAAUCUGGGCUUUACCAUUGGCUCGUUCCUCUUGAGUGCAGCCACUUUACCCCUGGGGAUUUUGAUGGACAGAUUUGGGCCACGCCCACUGAGGCUCAUUGGCAGUUCUUGUUUUGCAGCCUCCUGCUCAAUCAUGGCUGUUGCUGCAUACAAACCUGAAGUGCUGUCUAUCCUCAUCUUCUUGGCUGUCUCCUUCAAUGGCUUUGGAGGAAUCUGCCUGACCUUCACCUCACUCACACUGCCUAACAUGUUUGGGAAUAUACGAUCAACCGUCCUUUCCCUGAUGAUAGGCUCCUACGCUUCUUCAGCAGUCACCUUCCCUGCCGUCAAGUUGAUUUAUGACAUUGGCGUGUCGUUCCGGAUCAUCAUGUGGGUUUGGUCUGGAAUGGCCUGCAUGGUCUUCCUCAAUUGCUUCCUAAACUGGCCUGCUGAAUCCUUCCCUGCACCUGAAGACAUCAGAUACAAUAAAAAGGCGAAGCUGAAAGGGGUUGCUACAGAGCACAAGAUGGCUUCGGACAGGUACAUCACCCAUGUGACCGUCAUGGAAGACAUGAUGGGAACCAUGCAGCCAGAGCCUGAUCAGCCAGCCUCCCAAAACACAGCCCAGGGCUCAGUGCCACUCUCUCACUCUGUGUGCUCUCCCAUAUUCCUGUGGAGUGUCAUAACCAUGGCGAUGACACAGCUAAGGCUUAUCUUCUUCAUGGGUGCCAUGAACAAAAUGCUGGAGUUCCUGGUGACCCAUGGUGACCCAAACCCAUCAGAAGAGCUGCAGAACGAGGUGGAGGAACAAGUUGGCUUCUACUCAUCCAUCUUCGGUACACUGCAGCUGCUGUGUCUGCUGACCUGUCCUAUGAUUGGCUACAUCAUGGACUGGAGGAUGAAGGAGUGUGAAGAGGAAAAAGCGACCACACACAUAGAAAAGAGCCAAUCAGAUCCCCCAAAGAGAGACAGAAAGGUCCAGAAACUGACCAAUGCCCUGAGAGCUUUCACCUUCACCAACCUCCUAUUGGUCACUUUUGGAGUAAUUUCCUUGAUUGACAACAUGCCCAUACAGGUGGUUUCAUUUGUUCUGCAUACCAUGGUCAGAGGAUUCAUCCACUCCUGUUGUGGAGGUCUCUAUGCUGCUGUUUAUCCAUCCAACCACUUUGGGACCCUGACAGGCAUGCAAUCAAUGAUCAGCGCUGCAUUCGCCUUGCUCCAACAGCCACUGUUUAUGGUGAUGUUGGGACCCCUCAAGGGAGAUCCUUACUGGAUCAAUUUGAGCCUUCUCAUCUUCUCCCUGGCUGGCUUCCUGUUGCCAGGCUAUCUGUUCCAUCACCGUAGAAACCUGAUCCGGGCAAACGCAGAGCGUGACAGGUUGGCUGCCAGCCAAUCAGCUAAAGAGAAUGCACCUCUAACCCAAUCAAACAACGGAACUGCUGAGAGCCACGCCAAUGGCCAUGCAGCGAAUGGAUACACACCAAAUGGACAUACUGCUUAGAUGACUGAUGGGAGUGAAAUGACCAAUUCAUAUGACUUAUUUUUUAAUGGUCGUUCCAUCGUUUAUGAAUACUCUGAAGAUGCAACCUCACUUUGGUUAGGAAACUAUGACCUGUUGCAAAAACAAAGCAAAACAAAACAUAUAUAUUGAACGAGUUUUCUUUAAUCAGUGUCAUUAAAGUUGGGGUAUCAGAAAUGGCAUAAACAAAUAAAACAAAAAGCUUAUAGCCAGUAAUAGUGCCAUGUGUUAGCAGGGUUUGCAAUGGAAUAGGAAGUUACAUCUGUAACUGUAAUGUCAGGCUUCUCAUUUGGAAAAUACUAUUUGAUUUUUCACUAGAUUUCAUCAUGUGAUCAUUUAAAAACAACAUGUAAGGGUGGCUCACUGCAUCAGUGGAUAGCGCUGUCACUUCACAGAAGGAAAGCCAGCCAUGCUUCUUCCUGUGUGGACUUCAAAUGUUGUUCCCCUGUUUAUGGGGCUUGCCUUCUCCCCUAACUCCCUACUCCCUAUAAGUGAGAAUAUGUGUACAUGUGAUGGACCAGUGAACUGCAUGCUGGGAAAGGCUCUGUUGCCUAACACUUGAACCCUAGCAAUAAGUGAAAAACAAACAUAAAAAAUCAUGGACCAUACCAGUGUUAAGAUAGAUAGAUACUUUAUUAAUCCCAAUGGAAAACUACAGAAUUACAGCAGCCAAGUCACACAUGAAUCACAAAACAAAAACAACAGAAGGACGCAACAUUUAACAGGUAAAUAAGAAAAUAGAAUGAUAAAACAGAUAAAGUCUGAACUAAAAUUAAAAACUAGGACCAUACUGUAAAUAUAAUCAAUGACAAUGCCUGGUAAUACUCUGUACAUGGAUAGUGCAAGUCUAGUAGACACUGUUGAGUGUUGGGAAUAACUAUACAGUGAAUCUAUAUAUACAUACACAGUUAUGUAUAAGUAUAUAAAAAGUAAUAGGAAUGUAUGUAAAAGUAUUUCGUAUACAUGAAUGUAUGUUUCUGCAUGUUUUAUCUUGUUUACUAUUAACCAUAUACAGUAGCUGUACUUGGAGUAUUUCCAGCCAUUUUUCAAAGUGUAAUAUAGCUUUUUAGAUUACUGAAUGUGGUUCCUUUAAGUAAAGUAAACAAAACUGCAAGCUUGUAAUGCUUACAGUUAUGGGUACUAUUUGUUAUCUUUACAUUGCGAGAUAAUUUAAAUAUGUUUUUAACAGUUUGAGAUUAAUUACUGUUAGUUACAGAAAUGUAAUUUUUGAUCAUAAAAAAAUUAGACAAUAAUGACAAUGUUUGAUAAAUUUUAGUAAUAUUUAAGUUGUGUUGUUAUACUAAUGCUUCCAUAUUUGACAUAGCAAACAUGGCAUACUGGCUAGUAAAUAAGUAAAAGUUAGCAACUACAAGCUGAAUGCAGCUACUAGCAUGAAAGCAACAAGCAAUGCGUUAGGAUAAUCACAAACAAUCCCCCUGUGUGUAUUAAAGGAAUAGUUAGACAUUUUGGGAAAUUUGCUAAUUUGCUUCUUGCCAAGAUUUCAAUAAGAGGAUUGAUACCACUCUCAUGUCUGCGUGCUAGUUUGGAGGUAGAGCUGGGAGGCCUUUAGCUUAUUUUAGCGUAGCUAAAAAUCCACCUAUCAGCACCUCUAAAGUGAGUUUGUUUAAGCUGUAUACAAACAUAAAUGUAAAGACAACAAGUUGUGGUUUUAGGGAGAGUCACUGACACUACCAAACCCACAAAUGCCACUAUCCACAGUGCUGGCUGUGUUUAAGUAUAAAAUUGACAAUUUUGGUAAUUAAAGCAAAUGAAGGAAGGAUGAAAAUUAAGCAAAAUGCUUAUUGAGGGUGGUGCAUUAUGCAAUCUUUCUUAAUUAUUUGAAACUGUCUACGUACCUAUGGUGCCAUAACAACACUUCUAUAGCAGUUUGUUACAUUGAUAGUCAUGUAGCAAACAACUUUCUCUCUGUGGUAUUUGGAUUUGAUUCUUUACUAUAAAUGUGACUCAAUCAGCUGACUUUAUUUAAAAGUAAUUUAAAGGUUUUAAAGGUUUUUCUCCUGAGCUUAACAUUAGUUUAUCUUUUUUAGGCUUGCAGCUGUGCAUCCUGCUUUUUUCUGUCAGUGUGGUAAUAAUGUUAGCAUCUUGUUGCUGGUGGUUCUUCUUUACUGCACUUGAUCUUGAAAUGGCUUAAUAUGACAUCACAAUAUAGAGAUAUUUCUAGCCAAUCACAUCUGUGUUCAGACCAGUGUUUCCUAGGAGGACAAAAAAGAGGGGGGGGGCGGGGGGGGAGUUGAUGUCACAGGUACUUCCACCUGCAACUUAAAGAACAGAUCUUUCCCACUCUUAUGGACAUAACGUAACCAGCUGAUAAGAAUUUGGGUGCAGGUUCCAUAAGUAAUUUCAUUUUGAUUCAUUAGAAUGUCAUUUUACAGUCCAACAGAUGACUGCAACUACAAUUACUCCUCCUCACCUCUCCUAAAGGUUUUCUGAGAUUCUGUGCAGGCACAGACUUGUUUGGAGCAAAAGCGAAAAUUAAUUAUCAUGAAUAAAAUCUAGUCACUUAGGAAAAUGUAUAAAAUACAGUAAAGGCAAUUCAAGAAGUACUUGAAUUUAGCAAAGACAAGUGAGCCAUGAGGAGUAAAGAUUUGAAACUGUUUUGUUGUGAAUGCCUGCAGGCUGAGAGCACAACAUGGCUUCUAGUAAAAUCUGUUUGUGAACAGAGACCUUGUACAGUGUUAAUAGAAAAAUGUGACAAUAGUUCAUAAGAUCCAUGAGAUUUAUUCAGUGAUUACAAAAUGAUGUGUAAAAUAGCUGCAAUGUGUUUGUGUGUGUGACAUAAUCUGCAUGCUUUGGGAGGGACCCCCAUAAAGUGCAAUCUGCUGAUGUUCAAGUGUCUUGAUACAAAGGCAGCAUGUGCACAAAUAAGGGAAAGACCUUAUUUGAACAUGUUUUUUGUUACAUGUACCUGCUCAUCUAAGUAAGUAAUGCAAUCCGAUACAGUAGCACUAGCCACAUGAAUCAUUCUGACACAUGCUUCAGAAAGACAGUAUUUAUUGCAUGUCCAUUGUAUUGGAUCGCAUCACAUUGCACAAGGGUUUCUUUUAUUUUGUCCACCCAAUUUAUGUUAUUAUUGCAUUGUUUAUCAGUGGUAACUACGGCCUGCUGGUCACAGCAGAAUCAAUUGUCACAGCAUUCAUUGUCACUCAUUUUAGUGAUGACGAGGGAGCAAAAGAUUGACAAAUAAAGUCAAAUACCACAAA